GCACGAGCUCUAUGCGUCAAUAAAGGGGUCCUUUUUGGUCACGGUGGACGGAAGGCGAGCAGUCUGUUAGCAAGGCAAAGCCUGACCACGACUUUAGGACCGUUUUCCAGAGGACCAGACGACUGGGAGAACUACAAUAGCAACCCCACUGGGAGAGAGCCCCCCUCCUCUCCCUUCCCUCCGCGGCUCUGAACAUCGCUCUUUCCACUCCACCCCUCCUAGGUUGGGUCCCGCAGAGCUUUACCUCGCCUGUCGAUUUAUUUCGUCACUGCGGUGAGUGUGUGUGUGUGUGGUAACCGCCUCAGUCAUACAGCUGACAUGUAAAUCGACUUGCCAGCCGGCUAUCAAAACCGAGCCAGACAUUGAAGACACCCGCCGCAGGAGAAGCACUCCACCAUCCAUCCACCUCGACAGUUCAGUCCUCUCCGGAAAAUCUUUCCACCUGCCGACACGUCUUAUAUGACCGUCUCAAAGAUGACAUGGCGUCCUCAGUAUCGCAGCUCCAAGUUCCGCCACGUGUUCGGUAAGGCCGCCACCAAGGAGAACUGCUACGAUGGCGUGCCCAUCACGCGGAGCGUCCACGACAACCACUUCUGCGCCGUCAACCCGCGUUUCAUUGCCGUCAUCACAGAGUGCGCCGGGGGUGGAGCCUUCCUGGUCCUCUCUGUCCAUCACACAGGGAAGGUGGACCCCCUUCACCCCAAAGUGUCAGGCCACAGAGGUAACGUACUGGACAUCAAAUGGAACCCCUUCAACGACUUCUGUAUAGCAUCCUGCUCAGAGGACUCCACGGUGAAGGUGUGGGACAUCCCUCCCCAUGGUGUGCUGAAGAACCUGACGGUGCCGUGGAAGGAGUUGCAGGGUCACAGCCGCAGGGUGGGCCUCAUCGAGUGGCACCCUACUGCCAACAAUGUGCUAUUCAGCACUGGCUAUGACUACCAGGUGAUGAUCUGGAACCUGGACAGCCCUGAGGCGGUGAUAAAGAACCCGGUGCGGACCAUCAGCCACCACACUGACGUGGUGCUCUCCAUGUCCUUCAAUACAGAUGGCAGCAGGCUGGCCACGUCCUGCAAGGACAAGAAGAUCAGAGUUCUAGAGCCACGCACUGGGAACCUGCUACAGGAGGCCAACUGUAAGAACCACAAAGCCAGCAAGGUGCUGUUCCUGGGGAACCUCAAGAUGCUGCUGUCCACCGGCAGCUCCCGCUGGAACCACAGACAGAUGGCUCUCUGGGACCAGGAGGACCUAGAUGUGCCUUUGUUACAGGAGGACCUUGAUGGUUCGUCUGGGGUGCUCUUUCCUUUCUACGACCCAGACACACACAUGCUCUACAUAGCAGGGAAGGGGGAUGGUAAUAUCCGGUACUAUGAGAUCAGCUCAGAGAAGCCCUACUUGCACUUCCUCACAGAGUACCGCUCGCACACUCCUCAGAAAGGAAUGGGUAUCAUGCCAAAGAGAGGUCUGGACGUGAGCUCCUGUGAGGUGUUCAGGUUCUACAAACUGGUGACGAUCAAGGCCCUCAUCGAACCCCUCUCCAUGAUUGUACCUCGUAGGUCGGAGUCGUACCAGGAUGACAUCUACCCCAUGACGGCGGCGAGCGCGGCCGCCAUGUCGGCCGAGGAGUGGCUUAGCGGCAUUAACAAAGGCCCGGUGCUCCAGUCCCUGAAGCCUGGGAGUCGAGUACCGGACUCCUACCCGGAGCUGAGCUCCGGCCUGGGCAGUAAGGGGCUAGGCAACUCCCUGGGCACUCGGAGGUCCCAGAGCCGACCAGGCCAACUGCAGCUGGCGUACAUCCAGGACCAGCUUGGCAACAAGGAGUGCAGGAGUAAGACGUCUGUCAGCAACGGACAGGACCCCACGCUCUGCUCGCCUCCCAAAACAGAGAACGAGGUAUGGGGCGGUUUCGAUCUGCGUCUGAAGUUCCACAAGCAGCAGGAGGAGAUCCGGCGUCUGCGGGAGAUGCUCAACCAGAGGGACGUCCGCAUCAAGCAGCUGGAGCUGGAGAUCAACAACGUGAGGAAUUCCCAGGGCUCGCACUGAGAAGAGGCUCCCCUUGCCCCCCCCGUCGCACCAAUCCACCUCUCCCUGGAUUACUCUCUGACCAACCUCUCCCCCGCUCUCUCACCCUGGGGGUCUCACUGUAAUUAACAACCCUCUAACCCCUCAACCCCCACCUUCCUUACCCUAAAGACAAGGGCCCUUCCCAGGGGCCUCGCUGUCUCAUCUCAGAACACUAUCUGUCUCUGUGGAUGGGUCAAAGCCGCACCAAGGCUUCUCAUGUCCCCCAUAUAUGUACAUACACCCACAGACUCUCAGUCACUCCUCAAUAUGUAACAUAUUUUAAUGCUACCGCAUCACUAUACAUGUAAGCCGCUUGUCCCUCUCCCUGCUCCUCUCCCCAAAGUUAGUUUUCGUUUUUUCCUUUUGUACGCUUCAGAGCUAUGCAAGUUUGAUGUAUUUUAGUUUUGUUUUUGUGGUAAAAGAAAAUAUGUUUAUGCCGUUUUUAUUUGAAAAAGAAUGAAUAUAAGAUGUACGUGCCUGUCUUUAAAAGAUGGUGUGGUUGUCUGCUGGUUAUGUUUGAAUGUUGUCUGGAUGGGAGCAGAUGUCACACAUGAUUGUAAAAUACACUGAAUUUAUUUUCUAUGCUUUGUUAUUUUGCAUAUUUAAACAACUGUACAUGGGUGGAUGCUGGUGAAGAUGUCUACGUGAUGUCUACAUCUGGAAUGACAGAAUAUAUGUGUGGGUGAGAGAGAGAGGGGGAAAGAGACAUGCUUAAUUUUGUAUAUAUUGAGUCAAUUUGGGUCUUUUGUAUUUAAAGGUAGACUCAGCGCUAUGACGUAGAUGCAGAAAGUAAACAUAGUGGGUCAAUUUCCACAACAGCUAAGGGCGUUGAAGCGCGAGGCGAAACUUCUCCGCUUUAUUGGUCCCGCUACCGUGGUGUGAACAGCGUGAAGCGAACCCGUGCACAUGCGCAUAUACAGUGUGUGACUGUGUGAGAACAAAGUCUUGCAUCUCGCUCAUCACAAUAUCAGACUCAUUUCGGUGAGUCUGACUUUAAUGAAGCUGUGUUUUGUUUUAAUGACUGGUAAACUGGUGGAAGAUCAAUCAAAUGAAAGAACAAUCGUUGCCCAGCAGCUUUUAAAUACACCAUUUAUUUUACCCGAAAGCAGCCAAGGGAAUCUCACUUGUCAUUUUUAAAAUUGCAUUUAUUUAUUCUGUUUCUUUUUAAUUUGUGGACAAGAAAAGGUAGCCGUAUGGAAUGAUGACCAAUUACAGAGGCAUGUUUUCACACCAGUGGCCACAGCUCUAUGCUUCAGGCUCACCACUGAGUAUGUCUAACGCUAUCAGAUAACACACACACCACAUCAUAUAGGGAGUGGGUUGGUAGGGCACACAAAGUUUUACUGUUUCACUGUCUAUUUGGUGCUGGUCCAUCCGUUUUCAUUGUUCCGAAGCCGCUGUGUAAAAGUAGGAAUGAUUUCUUUUUAAAAGGGAUCGAAUGAACCUCAAAGCCAUUGUGUAAUAUAUGACUUAACAGGGAACUUAAUAACUAUGUUGUUAAUUUGUAAGUGCUGACCCAAGUGAUUGGGUUGUCUCUUGAAAACAACAGAGGAAACUGUAAAAGGGAAUAUGUGUUUGGAGCAGGCUAAUUUGGAACUUUCAGGAUAACACUAAGCCUUUGUUUUUGAUAUGAUGUCCAUUGCUUUUGUGAUGCACUACAGAGGAGGCUGGUUGGAGGAUCUGUAGGAGGACAUGCUCAUUUUAAUGGCUGGAAUGGAAUGAAUGUAACAGAGUCAAACGUGUUUGAUAUCGUUCCAUUUAUUCCAUUCCAGACAUUACAAUGAGCCCAUCCUCCUAUAGCUCCUCCCUCCAGCCUCCUCUGCUGCACAAGUACUUACUUUGUGGUUCAUAAUAGUUUGAAAUGGAAAUACUAUGGCAAGGAAUGGGAUUGGAACUGCUCUGUAAUUGUGCAUCAUAUGUUAGUUAGACAAUCAGAGACCCACUGCCCCUGUCCAAAGAAAAGAAAGAGGCCAACGUUUUACACAAGCACGGCACACACGCCAAAAUAUAAUUGUGAGCUAUUCAACACUUGUGGGCAGGCAUCUAGAGAAGACAUCCCCUAUUCCCAUAGAGAGCAGUACUUUUGACCAUGGUCAAAGAGCAGCAUGAGGGCAAGCCAACCAUUGUCACCGCUAGUAUAGAUGUAUUAAUAAUACAUUAACACGUAACUGCAUAUGCUUGGAUAAUAUUGCACUAAGUGGGCCAGGGCACCUGCAAUGUGGGCCGGGGCACCUGCAAUGUGGGCCAGGGUACCUGCAAUGUGUUUGGUUUUAGCCUUAUUGUUCAGCUCAUAUAUGCUAUUGUAUGUAGGCCAAUGUAGCUCAGUCAGAGUAUUGCCAUUUGAAGGGUAAUAUUUCUAAAUGGUACUUGACUGAAUGGAGUCACUACUUAGCUAAUGGCACCUUAGGGAAGACAAUCUCAGAAACAAUCCGAAAACCGACUGUUAUUGUAAUCCUGAUGGUCAUUGUAGAGUGCAUGUAGUCUAUCUUGUCUAGCUAGCUUGGCAUGUGUACUUUAGCAAUAAGUCUCUAGUUCUUUUGUAGACCUUUUGCAUUUACUGCCAGCUACAAUGGCUAGAUAUCUGGCAAUCACAUCCUUGUACUACUACUUUGGUGUUUAGUCCUCUUUAAGCAUUGUAGACUUCACCGACUACUGUAUACCAUUUUUCUUCAGAAAAGAUACAGUCAAGACCAAAUCACAAAGUCCAUUCCAGGGACUUGAUGGCAUUUUAAAUCCCCAAACUGUGUGUGUGUGUCCCAUUUACAUUUUUACAGAAGCAAUAUUUUAGCAGAAGAAAGAGCAGUAGUUUGAGGGAAAUACACUACGAUCACUAGCAUUAUCUUGCUCAUUGGAAACAAGGACAUCUGUAUAAAUAAGUUGAAAAUGGAGGGUUUCUGCUGGGCAAUAUCAUGACUGAGCCUUACUGUGCCUAAGAAUCAAGCUGCAAUUUUAGUUUUCUUUUGUAUAGCUAUUAUGAUGUCUUUCAGAACGAAUAUUAAUAUUAGUGUUCACACAGCUCACAAAUACAGUGAACAAUUUAUGAAAUGAUUCUAAUUUUGUUCCUGUUAUGUUUAAUAUUGUUUUUAUAUAUAUCAAGAAAUACAUCAGGUGUAGAGAAUAAAAAAAUAGGUGAAAACAUUACUUUGGGUAAUUUAUGUCUUUUUUCAAGUCUUUUGAUACCCAUUUGAAGUCCCACCCAGUUGACUACUUAAAAAUUGUGAAAGUCCUCAAUGGCGAUUCCCAUGCUAAAACGGGCUUUUGUGCACUAGUCUUCCAUCUAUCUCUAUGGUGCAGGUGCAUUAUGACAAAGAGGAAGAGGGAGAUCCAACUACCGGAAAAUCUGACUCCCUCCAGCAGGUGGCAUUUUUUGUUGUUGUUUAGCCCACCAAGCAAGGAGUUUUUGUAUAGAGGUCAAUGAGAAAGUGUCAAAUUUUGUCAAUAAAACAAUAAAUGGCUUA